AUGGCCGAAGACCUCCUGACGGCCAUCUGGGACUGUUCUACCUGUAAUUCUUGUGACGAAAUUGCAACUUCUGAGAGCUCCAUCGCUCGGUUUCAUCCAGGCAGGCUGUAUCUAGGCAGACCUCGGCAGAGUGGAGCUGCUAGCGCUCUCUUUGAUGUGUUCACCUCUUCACAUUCGCUUGAGUAUUGGCAGGAGCUUGGAUUCAGUUUGCCCAAGAAACAAGUUAAGUUUGCCGGGGAGGUUCAUUCUUCACCUUCCCAGGAGGCGGGAGUAUCAGAUUUCUGUAAAAUUCUGAGCGCAAAAAACAAUGCCAGGAUCUUCCUAGAGCUUGGUGAUCAAGGGAUAUUCAGGUACGAAGACGUCUACGCGUUGCAUCACGAUGCCAUACCCGGCCAAGGGAUACCGCUACUACACGUUCUUCAAGAGUACCAUCUCAACACACCCGAAAAGGUCGUAAUAGCUCACGCCAUCGCACGAGAAUUUUGGCAGCUUUACGAAACGAAGAUGAUGUUGACAAAAUGGUCAAGCGGCAAUAUCUGGUUUAUGCCAAAUACCAGUGAUCCGACCGCACCACUGCCAUGCAAAGCUUACAUCUCAUUUCCCUUUGAACAAGCCGAGUACGAACUAGAGGAAUAUUCAACGACAGGCCUCAUACACAAAUGUCCCAGAAUAUUUUCACUGGCAAUAUUGCUACUCGAGAUUGGCCUUGGUCGUCCAAUCCAGACUUCGCAGCUGAAACAGCACGAAAGAAAUUUUGUCGGUGGGAUGAACAAGGACUACUCAACCGCGUCGAAGCUACUUAAAGAGCUAAAGGAACAAUCCUGGGGGGGUUACACGGGCAAGAAUGUAUUCGAUCAGGCUAUUCAUGCAUGCAUGAAUGGCAUGAACUUUUCGCCAAGUCAGCAAAGUCCUAGGUUUCCCAUGAAGCCUUCUGAAAGACGAGAGGUCUUUUAUGAAAAGGUGGUGUCACCCCUUCAAUGGCUGGCGAGUUCAUUUGACGGUGAUGCUACAUGUUUCGAGAGAAGUAGUCACUUUAAAUCCUCCGAUAGCUCGACCGAUGCAACCCCAGUACGGGUUGACGAGCUAUGCCCAUCUACGUUGACCUCAUUCCAUAGUGGAAAGUUUGUGAGCCCCGAAGAAUGGCUGGACGACCUGAGGAGAAUCGGUCGCUAUAUUCAUCAGAUAAAGCAGCAAAAUUUUGUCAAUGCUGAUGUGAGACCAAUACGCGUGGCAAUCUUAGACUCGGGCUGCAACUUCAAUGCGCCAUACUUUCAGGAAGAUAAUUCCGGUGCACGGGCAGGCCGUAUCAAGGCGUAUAAGGAUUUUGUUGACGGAAUUGAGGAGGCGAAAGACUCGUUCGGUCAUGGCACUUUCAUGACUGCGCUUGCGAUCGAAGCCGCGCCAACUGCAGAGUUCUAUGUGGCAAGAGUGGCAGAGAAUACGGCAGAACUAGACGGCAACGAAGACAUAAUUAGCAAGGCAAUCUUGUGGGCCGGUAGCAAGCAGAAGGUUGAUAUAAUAUCGAUGUCAUUUGGAGUCACUGACAAUAACGAUGACAUAAAAAAUGCCAUUUUGCAAGUCCGUGCCGAGCGAGGGGACGGUAUAAUUUUUCUCGCCAGCGCGGGCAACUCGGGUCCACACCAAGACAUUGCCUUUCCAGCAAGCCGUCGGGAUGUCAUAUCUAUCAGAGCGACCAAUUACAUGGGCACAAGCAGCGACAAGAACCCCGUGUCUGAUUUGCGCGAGCCGCUAUCAUUCGCCACGUUCAGCGACAACAUUCCCCAGCGGCUUCUGGGAUACAAACCAGACUGUUGUGGGCCUGGAUCUUCGGUUUCCACAGCGGUGGCAGCGGGAAUUGCGGCCAGCAUACUAUCCUAUUCCGCAUUACUCCAGUUGAUGUACCCUACUUACCUGGAAGAUAGACACCUCAACAAACUACGAACGGUCGAAGGCAUGGAGGCACUAUUUUUCGCUAUGUCGACAAAUAUGGGUAACCGGAUACAGUUUAUCAACCCGGUCAAAUUCUUUGCCGAUCGGCCAACCAACCUCUACAGACUUUGUGCGAUAGUGGAUUGUAUAAGGAAGGUGGGAUGA